AUGAGUUUGCAUAUGGUGCGCACUAUGUUUAUUGAUAGAGAUGAUUGUGUUAUACUUAACAAGGGCACUUCUAAUGCGGAUGGUCACCGUGUUAGGCCAACUGCUUUUGCAAGGGAACAACAACGACGUGAUGGUGGAUAUCCUGGUGGUCCGGUUGAUAGUUCUGUUCUUAGGACAUUCGGCGAUCAUGUGGCGACUCUACUAUGGGAUGACAUGGAUCGCGGAGAAUUAAGGGUGUUUAGCAAUGAGAAAAAAUCAAAAGAAGUUGUUAUUGAACACGAAGAGGUUGAGAAACUGGUUAAAAGCUCGGGAUUGUAUUCAUUAUUAAAAUGCAGCUACGAAAUGAUCGACAAAUGGAUCAUUUCUGCAUCCGUAGAGAGGUGGCAUCGUGACACCAAUAGUUUUCAUCUGCCUAUUGGAGAAAAGAAGAUUACUUUGGACGAUGUGUCAUCUCUGUUGAAUAUUCUCAUUACCGGUGCAUUCUUCAGUGUUAGUGUAUUUAACAAGGAUGAAGGUGCAAAUAUAUUGGUUGAGCUUCUUGGAGUUAGUCACGAUGUUGCUUAUGCUGAAUUUAAUGUUACGCGGACAACCACCAUUAGCGAUAAAAGGGUCUAUGCAGUUAGUGUUGCUUAUCUUGAGUGCUUUCGAGACCUUAAUUCUUGCGGGGAUAUGCAUGGGGUGCAGCUGCUCUUGCUUACCUAUAUGAUAAUCUUCGAGAAGCCAGCAUACAUCAAACCAGAACUGUUUCAAGACUAUCCUCGAGCACUUAAAUGGAAGCCUAAAAGGGAUAAGGGUUUGGUUCUUCCAUUUAGGAAAGCUCUUGAUGAAAUUGACGUUGAUGAGAUCUGUUGGACACCAUAUGAGGAGCAUCGACUGAAGCAACCUUUUGAAGAUGUAUCUUUAUUUCGAGGGUGGAUACGUUGGGGUCCGAAGAUGUAUGCUCAUCUGCUAGACAGAGUAUUGCAGCAAUACGGUCAUGUCCAAACCAUUUCUGGUUCACCGUUAGAGGUAGUGGGUCAGACAACCAUACCAGAUGAAAUGGACAUUAUGUUUACGCAAUAUGUUGUGCAUGUAGUGGAUGCUGGCGCAAUUGUGCAGGGACAUGUAGUCUGCUCGAAUGAUUACAUGGACUGGUUUCGCAGAUUUUCUCAUCCAUACAUCAUUCGUAGAGAACCAGUCCAUGAAGUUGAUGUAGAACCUACUGAUCAUGCAGAUGAUGAUGCCACUCAUGCAGCUUAUGGUGGCGAUCCCGCAGAUGACACAGUUGAGAUAACGGUAUAUUAA